GUUUUUAGUGUAGCUGGCGUUGUAUGAACGGUGUGUGUUUGGAUCUGUGUUUAUUUACUGUAUUUAAUAUUUCCUCUAUUCUCUGCACUGCAGCAGUAAGUCCGGGAAUGGCAGAAGCAGGAGCAGACAUGGACCCUGAGGUGGCUCUAGGACUGUUUGAAGAAGGAGCUACGUUGGUUCUGCUGGGCGUUCCUGAAGGAACAGAGCUGGGUAUCGACUACAAGAGCUGGCAGGUGGGUCCCCGGUUCCGCGGGGUGAAGAUGAUCCCCCCCGGGAUGCACUUUCUCCACUACAGCUCUGUCAGCAGUGAAAGCUCUGGUGGGGAGGUGGGCCCCAGGAAGGGUCUCUUCCUCUUCCUGAAGCCCCGGGAGCUACUUCUGGCCCACUGGGACAAACAGGAGGAGGAUCUGGACUUCUCCGACUCUGAGAAUCCAGAAGACGUUGCUCGAGUGAAGGCGGGGCUUCGUGAGCUGGACUCGUACCUUGGGGCGUACCCCUACGACACGCUGAGGAAGUGGGUGUCUCUGACGGAUAAGCUGAGUCAGGAGGUGGCCGUGGCCCUGCAGCCGCUCAGCGGGCGAGUCUGCGCCUUCAGCGACGUCGUUCCCGAGCUCCAGCUGAAGCUCACCAAAGACCGAGCCGAGCAGAACCUUCCCCGCAACGACACGCAGUGCCAGACCAUGAAGGAGGGGCUGGACCGGCUCCCCAGGAUGAAGCAGAGGGAGGGAACCGAGCUCCGGUUCUCACAGAUCCCCAAACAGACGUAUCCUCCGGGAGCCACGCCCGCUCAGAUCACCCAGUGCAGCAUGGACCUCAGCUACGCCCUCAACUGCCUGCUGGAGGACCAUCAUAAAGACCAGCCACUCAACGUUCUGGGGGAGCUGCAGUUUGCGUUCGUGUGUUUUCUGGUGGGGAACGUGUACGAGGCGUUUGAGCACUGGAAGCAGCUGCUGGCUCUGCUGUGUAAGAGUGAGGAGGCCAUGAAGGAGAGGAAGGAUCUGUACCUGGGGCUCAUCUCCGUUCUUUACCACCAGCUGGGAGAGAUUCCUCCAGACUUCUUCGUGGACAUCGUCUCCCAGAACAACUUCCUCACCUCCACACUGCAGGAUUUCUUCCAGUUUGCUGGUGGUUCUGGUGUCGAUGCGACUCUGCGUAAAAGAUCAGAGAAGUUUAAAGCUCACCUGACCAAGAAGUUCCGCUGGGAUUUCGAGGCGGAUCUGGAGGACUGCGCUCCGGUGGUGGUGGAGCUUCCAGAAGGAGUUACACUGGACUGAUCGUCACAAACUCUCCUCCCAGUACAGGUACAGCUUUCUCCCAGCGGAGAGGACCAGCAGGACCAGUAUCACCCCCACCUGAGCUGUUCAGUCCAGCCCCAGCCGAGUGCUGCUCCUCCUGCUGAAGCUCUGCUCCUCACUGAUGGAGAAAAGACCAGUUAUGGAUUCCAGGACGAACACCUACAUUCCACAGUGGAGUUAAAGGUGGAGGCUCUGUUUUCUGCAUCAUUUGUAUAGAAAUCUGCUGUUUAUUUAAUGUGUAUAAUAGGUGCCUCCACCUGUGUGGCCUUAACAGCCUCUAGUUCACACAGUCUGAAAUCAGACGCAGAUAAUGAUUAAAGCAGUUCAAUAAAAAAAAAAAAAAAAGUAUUUUUUUUUGUCAAUAAAGUUAAUUUUUGUACAUA